AUGUAUCGCGCCGGCAGCCCCGACAGUGCUGCUCGACCUUUGGCGAACGUCAACUAGUCAGUGUGCUCCAAUCGUCUGGGUAUCUCUCGUCGUGUUGCCCGGCGAUCGUGUUUCCGUUCGGUGCGCUGGUGCUCGCGCUCGCGCUCUCGUUUACGCGACGACGAAACACAGCGCGCCGCUGCCACCGCCCCAGCCAUCGUGCGACGUCGAACCGAGUGUUUCACGCUCCGAUCCAGGACCCUCCACAACAUCCAAGCUGACCAAGUUGUGACGAUCGUUUCAUUGCCCUAGUCAACAAGCCAACUACGAGCCCAAGUACGGCUCGGGCUACAACGAUGAGGAAUACACGCGUCAACAGGUGCGUGGGUCAUUGAAUCGGGCGAGCGGUGUAGUCGGGCUUGGCGCGGUCGGGGCAGGCGCGCGAAGGCUCGAACGACUGGCCGGACGGAGAGGGCAGGCACACGUACAAACCCACCACCAACGAUCGCGCCAACGAAUUCGGACUGGAGUCAUGUCACUGCUACCCGAACUCGUCAGACCAAUCACGGGAAGGUCACCUUGUGAUAAGAAGGCGUCCUUUGGUGCGAAUUGUUUGGUUCAAAGAGUCCCCUUAGGUUCCGUGCAACUGGCUGGGCUUUUGGAGCUCUCGGGCAUCGCUUCCAGGAUCCUCAGCGCGCGCGUCGCGUGUGGCGGGCGGCGCGAGGCCGCGACGAGACGGGGGCGCCUUCCGAGGUCUCGUCUUUCGAACUUGUCAAAAUAAUGCCUUGCUGAGUCGCUACAUACGCGUCUUUUUCUUUCCAGCCGCCAUCCAAGAAGAAAAAGUGGAUCAUUGUGGCGUUGAUCGUCGCAGUGAUCGUCAUUGCCGGUGCAGUCUUGGGAGGAGUUUUCGGAUCCCGUGCGUCAAAGAAUACCGAUGCCAAGAACAAUAGUGCACAAGCCAACGGCGACUCAACAACUGGUACAACCACAGGCGCGAACUCAGGCUCUUCAAAUAAAGGGCAGAGUACCUCUACGGCUGGUGGUGCGAUGGGUACAACGAACCCUAGAAAUGCACUUUUCCCCGAGGUCAGUGUUGGGCUCGAAGGGGCUAGCUAUCUUGUCGCUGCGUUGAUUACUGAAUCACAUCGAUCUCUCUCGUGUCUCAACAGGCUACUGAUUCUUAUGGUAACCCCGUGUACCCGUCCUCGACCGGUUCGGCUAUUAUCGCCCAGCCGACGACUUUGACCAACAACACCGCUCUCACUUGCGAAUCGGACCCAUACACCUUCUCCAACCCCUCUUCGAUGGCCGUCCGCAAGGAGCAUCCUUUGCUGAUCGCGCCCCAGUACAAAUGGGACUGCAUUUCCAAGAUGACUUCUCAAGACCCUUACCUGAGCUUCUGGCACACGACCAUUCUCGCCAACGCGUCGCUCUACGCUGCGAUGGACCCGACCGAAUACGUCAUCGAUGGAGGAUACGCUGGUGAGUGACCCUCAAAGGCUUGCUUGCGUCUCACGCAGAUGCUUACUAGCGCUGUUGCUCUCCUCGCGCCAGGAUCCGGUGUGCUUGAUGUCGCUCGUGAGGUCCAACUGCGCAUCAAGCACUGGGGCUACGCUUACCGCAUGACCAAGGACACCAAAUGGGUCGACCGCGCUUGGCAGGAACUGCAGGUCGCUGCCGGCAAUACCUCGCAACCCUUUGGUGUCACCGGUGAUAACUGGAACACCCAGCACUUCCUCGACGUCGGAGAAUUCACUACCGCCUUUGCCAUCGCUUACGAUUGGAUGUACGAUGCAUGGACCCCCGCCCAGCGCACCGCGAUCAUGUGGUCCAUUCUCACCCUCGGCCUGGACAAGGGUAUCGAAGUCUACGAGAACGCUGCUGGCUACGGCUGGUGGUCCAAGUCGUCGAUCGAGGGCAACUGGAACUGCGUUUGCAACAAUGGUCUCAUCAUGGGUGCUUUGGCCAUCGCGAACGAGGACCCGACCGGCACUGCUGCCAAGAUUCUCGGCCAUGCCGUCCCCAACUCGGCAUCGGUGUGCGCGUUCGCCCCUACGAGCGAUGGUGGUGUCUGGCAAGAGACUGCCAACUACGUAAGUGCAUCUCUUGUGUGGUCGGACCUGGCGAAUCGGACACGGGGCUGACAAUUUGACUGCCGCUUCUUCGGUUCAGUGGUACUUUGGUACGACAGGCCACGCCCAAUCCGCGGCUUCCCUCAUCUCCGCGACCGGCUCGGACCAAGGUCUUCUGACCAACAAUCCCGGUAUGGCCUUGUCGGGCAAGUACCACAUGUAUGUCACCGGUAUGGCGGGUCUCUUCAAUUACGGAGACUGCGGGCCGAGGAAGUUUGUUGCGACUGCCAACGGCAUGAUGCUCUACGGUGCCCAAUACAAGACGCCGGCCUACACCUUGUUCCAGCGUGAUCGAGCCGACGCCCCCGAGCCUAUGUCGAUGCUCUACUACGACCCUCGUGUCGCCGGCCAAUUCUGGGAAAAUCUCGCCCUCGACGCUUACUUUUCCAACUCGUCAACGGCCUUCGCUUCGAUGCGCUCGUCGUGGACUGACAACAACGGCACGUACAUCGCGAUGAAGGCUGGUGUCGUCACGGGUGGCCAGACGCAUCGUGAUCUCGACGGAGGUGACUUUGUCAUAGAUGCUCUCGGCCAACGAUGGGCGGGAGAGAACGGUAACGGUCAAUACUUGGCCAACGGCUAUGUACGUCAACAGAGGUCAGAGAAGGAUGUCUUUGUUUAAGGUCUAAUCAGCUGACUCGCCUUUUCACUUGCAGUUCUCGUCGGAGGCGCAAAACUCGCCUCGAUGGACGUACUACCAGAAGGGCUCGCAAGGACAGAACGUCAUCUUGAUCGACGAGGCCAACCAGUUCGUCAACGCCACGCCCUCCGUGACUUUCGGCACGACCAAGGAGGCACAGACCUCUCUCAACUACGCCGUCCCGAGCGGCUCGACGGCGUACAUGAAGAUCGACACCUCGACGUACUACGCGGGCACAACGUGAGUCUCCCAUGUUGUCAUGUGUUGACUCUUGAGUUUCGACUAAUAGACCCCUGCUCCCAAAAAUAGAUCGGCGCGCGCGAUCCGCUUCCUGAACAAGCGACAGCAGAUCUUGCUUCGUGACGAGAUCACCUCGACGGGCUCGAUCUUGUGGCGAAUGCACACCAACGCGACGGUCACGAUCUCUUCGAGCGGCACGACGGCGACGCUCGCUAUGGGUGGGCAAACGAUGAUCGCGACCCUACGCCAGCCUGCGAACGGCAAAUUCACAACUGUCGAGGCCGUUCGCUUGACUGGCCAGGAUUCUCCUUCAUUGACGUCGGGCAACACGGACACUCCGAACGGGCCGAUCCCAGGAGUGACGGUGUUGACGGUCGCUCUCGACGCUGGCACGUACGACAUUGAGGUGCUGUUCAAGUGAGUUAGGGGAAGCUCGAUCAAUGAGCAGGCGCAUCGAACCCCUGGAAACUGAGGUGUUUUCGCAUCUCACAGCCCUCAAUGGCCUAACUUGAAAGCGUCCGAUUACGUCAACCCUCCGAACGUCGCGAUCGAUUCGUGGUCGUUGACCUCGCACAACUGA